AUGGUCAACCACGAGCUUUGGGAAAAAGCGGUUCAGCAGCUCGACAAAAGAGACCAACAAAAGAUUAGACCUGGUGAGCGACAACUGGUGAGCCUCGAAAGCGUACUUUUAGGCGCUCAGAAGAAGCAGAAAGAGUGCAAGGACAAGCAAUUGAAAUACAGGAAGCGAGAUGGAACUGAGGUGGAAUUGCGCCAGGUCUUUGGCCGGGUGGUGCAGCGCCUGGUAAAGUUCAAGGCCAUUGGUGAUUCUGUGGCUGCGGUCGACUCAGCCCAUCUGGCAGUUCCCUGGGCAGCAAUUAGCUUGGUUCUUCAGAUUGCAGUAAGCGAUAUUGAAAGUUAUCAGACCGUGUUUGAAGGAAUCGAGGCUUUCUCUAGCUUAGUCCCGCGAUAUGCGUUGUUUGAGAAUUUGUACUUGCGCGCAAUCUUCCCUCUUCAAGAUGAUUUGAAAAGUGCAUUGGUGAAGCUGUAUGUCAUGGUGUUGCAAUAUCUUCUCAGGGCGGAAGAAUAUUGCGCCACGAGAACCAUCAAGAGAAUUGCCAAGGGUCUCAUCCUUGCCUAUAGUGAGUUUGACGGAUGGAUGGAUGAGAUCCGAGAACAACAGCGGAUCGCAGACGAGUUGGCACGGUUGAUCGAUGUCCAGGUUAGCAGACAGGCGGACGACAAACUGGACUUGAUGAAGAGUGAGCAAGAUGCUUUGAUGGAAGGCUUGCAGUAUUUCCACCAGCCCAUACAAUCUAUUCGCGAUGAUGUGUCAGAUCUGGCAAAUAGCUGGAAAAAGCGUGAAAGAGACGAGCAAGAGGGCCGGAUCCUGUCUUGGCUGUCUCCCUUGCCCUUAGUCAAGCUUCACAGGGAACGACUAGUGCCAAAUUCUGGUCGCUGGAUUUUCGAGGAAGAAAGCUACAUACAAUGGCGUGUCUCCAGCAAAUCGUCUGCCUUAUGGCUCCAUGGUCUCCGUAAGAUCUACAUUGGUCGUAUCACCCGCAAUCAAGAAUAG